CACUCUGUUUUAUCCAGGAGUCUCAUUCCGCUCCCCAUCGGAGAAGGGUCGUUCUAUUCCUUAGCAGUGAAAGGAGCUCAUCCAUCCUUCCUGGUUUUCUGUUAAACUGAGCCGGUUUCAAGUUUCAGCUCCUCCUUGAAUUCCAGCCUGCUGAGACUUCCCUCUAGAAUCAUCCAAAAUGGAGCCUCUUACAGCUUACCCUUUAAGAUGUUCGGGACCGAAAGCAAAGGUAUUUGCAGUUUUACUGUCUAUGGCUCUAUGCACAGUAAUGCUAUUUCUUCUGCAACUAAAAUUCCUAAAACCUAAAAUCAACAGCUUUUAUACCUUUGAAGUGAAAGAUGCACAAGGAAGAACGGUUUCUCUGGAAAAGUUUAAAGGCAAAGUUGCACUAGUUGUAAACGUGGCUAGUGACUGCCAACUCACGGACAGAAAUUACUUAGCACUGCAAGAACUGCACAAAGAGUUUGGACCGUUCCACUUCAGCGUCUUGGCUUUUCCGUGCAAUCAGUUUGGAGACUCAGAGCCCCGCCCGAGCAAGGAAGUAGUAUCUUUUGCAAGAAAUAACUAUGGUGUGACGUUCCCCAUCUUCCACAAGAUUAAGAUUCUAGGAUCUGAAGCAGAACCCGCAUUCAGAUUUCUUGUUGAUUCUUCUAAGAAAGAACCAAGAUGGAAUUUUUGGAAGUAUCUAGUCAACACUGAGGGUCAAGUUGUGAAGACCUGGAGGCCAGAGGAACCCAUUGAAGUCAUCCGGCCUGAGAUAGCAGCUCUGAUUAGACAAAUGAUCAUAAAAAAGAAAGAGGACCUAUGAAAUGCCAGUGAGUCAUUCAAAUGUAGUAGUUAGAAUAUAGAAAUGUCUCCAGGAGGCUCAUUUUUGAUAGUCUGACAAUUAAAUAUGGGACUGAAGGAUGGGUUUUUUUGUUUGUUUUUAGGAUACCUUGCCAGUGAGUGGUAAUGAAUGUCCCCAGGACAGAGAUGUUACCCAAAGCAAAAAUAAAGACUAGCUAAAGAAUCAAAAUGAAAUAUACUAAAUAUUUCAUCUGAUCAUGCUAACUAAUUCAGAAUAGAGAGUCAUCAAUGUGCUUCAAUAUCCUCAUGUUCGACUUGACAUUUUCCAGGAUUUUACUUGAUGGAAAUGCCAAACCCCUAGACCACUGUUUGAAUUCAACACACUGUGUGUGACUGAAUUUUCUGGAUUAACUAACUAUAAACGGCUAUUUUUAUGUAAUAAAAUACAAAAUAAACAUUGAAAAAUGUUAAAUACAUAGAGAGAUUCAAACUCCUAUGUACUUUUGUUUCAGAUACAGGAUUUUGUUUCUUUAGUUAGCUGCUUUUUUUUUUUUAAGUACAGGUUCAUAGUAUGUUUUACUAUAUCUGCCCAAAUAGUCAUUUAUAAAUGACACUAUCCUAACAUUCGAAAAAGACUUCCUCACUUUGUGUUUCUCUAAUAUUUUCCAGAAGCAACCCAAAUUUUAUAAAUAGAAUAUUAAUUGCUGAGUCAAAAUCCCAAGUGUAAGAAGAAGGCUAUGAGUGUAGGAUUAUUUAACUCAAGUCUUUAUAUAUUAAUAUUGGUUUCUAAUAUAUUCAGAUUAGAUUAGCCAUUUGGAAAGAAUUCAGCGCUGUAUCGUUCUGAUGGCUGAAAUAAUAAAAAUCAACUCUUAAUAGUCAAAGGUCUGAAUAUAAAAAAGAGAGGGACUGUAAUCACACCAGUCUUAAGUAUCAGUAAUCACUGAACUUUUUGAUAGAGUCACACAUGCUUCUUCUCCCAGGUCAUAACUUUUAUGUUCUUCUCAUUAUUGACUGAUAAAGCAACCUGCCAAGUUGAUGAAGGCUAAUUAUUGCCCAACAAAAUGUAUAUUUCAUGAACUGAAUAGGAAGACUAGGAUUAAGGGAAAAAAAAGUAAAAAGGCAGUCAUGUAAAAUGUGGCCAAGAAGGAAGACCCAGUCUAAAUAGCUGUGAGUUGACCCUCAAAUUCUAUACUGGUUAAUGAAAGUGAAGAUGGGUUUGUUUGUUUGUUUGUUUGUUUGUAAUGCCACCUCAGCAUAUAGUUCUGUACAAGUGUUUCAAGUCCUUGGAGAAACCAAAAUAAUUCCUUAAGGUGUCUUAAGUGAUCAGGACUGGAAUCAUCACUAAUCUGAACUGUUUUUGAAGAAAUAAAAGCCACCUAACAAA